CGAUAUAUCGUAGACUAUCGAUAUCAGGUCGUGCAAGGUUUCCUACAUCUGAAUUCUCAGUGCUACAGCGAGAAUAACAGUGUGAGGCCCGGCGUUGUUUGCUGUGACGAACGUUAAAGGUUCGACACUCAUUGGUGCCAUCCGCUCCUUUUCAAGAUGAUUGCUAGAAGUAUGUCACCAUCAAGAUGCUGUGCCAUUGUGGACAGCCAUCCCAUUUCUUAGCAACGGAUUUAGUGUGACCAGGUCACUAGAAGAAGUUUAAGUUUGAUUUAAUAGAUAGCAAAACUUGGCCAGCUACCAAAACUUGGUGAUAUUUUAUUUGGUGAUUCAUCUCUCAAGACAGGAAUUAUUUAGUAGAGGAACAAUAAAGUUUACACACAGUCUGAUCUCAACAAAAUGCUUUUGUAACAUUUUAAAGGCUACCGUGAGGAAAAAAUACUCAUUUCAUAGAGAACAAAAAUUCUCUAUUCCCUUUUUUGUUUUCUAUUUUGGAACAAAAAAGGGAUAGAGAGGGAAGAAAAAGAAAGUUAAAACUGCUUAACCUUAAAAUAAAAACAAUCCUUCCAUCAAUUGAGGGACACGCUUAAUUCGUCGACUGGGCAAAAGUUUUGCUUUGGAUAAAAUUGAAUGAUUCUCUACUGCAGUGUUUGAGCUGGAAUAUUAUCCUUUGAAAGAAUAGAAACUAUUUUGAAAAAGAGGCCUAAUUAUUUUCAUAUCUUGUCGUCAUUAAGAGUAAUUCAUUGACAAGACUUGGUGUACUACAGAUCACAUACAGGCAGAUAGAGGUGCUCAUAUUUUGGCUUUUUCUCUUAAGAACAAAAAAAUCCAAAAGCCAGAGGUGGUAUUUAAAACAAAAAGCACUAAAAUAUUACGGGGUACUUAAGGUAGAUAAGGGAAUGAAGCUCAGGAGCUUAUAGAAAUUCCAUAGAGAAAGGAAUUCUGUGAUAAUUAUUUUUUUAUAUUAUUCAAGAAGAUAUUGAAUGGAAGUAUUAACAAUGGCAGACUGGAAUGAUGUAACAUGAAGAUAAUUUGGAGUAACAAGAAGUGUGUGUGAAGUAAAAUUGAAAAUUGGAAGAAAGAGCAUUAGAUACUUAAAGUUAUUUAAUUUAGUCACUUCUUGAAAUAUCUUGAAUAUAACAGAACUCAGUGGUAUUUUAUUUUACAACAUUUUCAUAAGCAGCAUCAUGAUUGAAGCAUACUCGUCAGACGUUUUGUGGAUUCUCAUCGUUGGAUUUAUUGUUGCAUUUAUCUUGGCAUUUGGAAUUGGAGCAAAUGAUGUGGCUAAUUCUUUUGGUACAUCAGUGGGUUCAAAAGUUUUGACAGUUAGACAAGCAUGUUACUUAGCUACAAUAUUCGAGACUGCAGGAGCUAUAUUAAUUGGUUACAAAGUGUCAGACACCAUGAGAAAAGGAAUAUUGGAUGUUAACCUUUAUGAGGGGCGGGAGAGAGAAUUCAUGCUUGGGUUCCUCUCAUCCCUUGCUGGCAGUGCAGUGUGGCUCCUUGUUGCAACAUUUCUGAAGCUGCCUAUAUCGGGAACUCAUAGUAUAGUUGGAGCCAGUGUUGGUUUCUCCCUAGUUGCACAGGGAUUUGCUGGAUUGCAAUGGAUGACACUAGUUACAAUUGUUGCCUCGUGGUUCAUCUCACCAGUGCUUUCUGGAAUGAUGUCAACCGUCUUGUAUUUGCUCAUCCGGAAAUUCAUCUUACGGGCACCACAACCAAUAAAACCAGGACUUAGAGCACUUCCUUUGUUUUAUGGUGUCACAGUUUUAAUAAAUGUGUUUUCAAUUGUGCACAAUGGACCGAAAUUGCUAUACUUCGAUUACAUUCCAUGGUGGGGAGCAUUGAUCCUCAGUGUGUCGGUUGGCAUCUUGGUCACCCUGGGUGUACAUUUCUUUCUUGUACCUCACCUGAGGAAUCAGAUUCUGAAGCAGAUGCGUAUAGACAAAGGUCGUGGCGUGAGUUUUACAUUUGGUGAUUCGACAGAAUCUUCACGUGAUCCAAGCCCCAAACCAUCACGGAGUAUCUCAGUUGAAGAUGUGAAAAGAAACCUUCCAAUCAUAAAAGAAACUUCUGAACCUGAGAAAAUGCAACUGGUCCAAGAUGAAAAUGAAAUGGUUCAGUUCACUGGAAAUGCAGCCAAUGGCACCCGGAAUGGGCAAACUACAUACUGUUUUCCAUUGCCUCAGCCAAAUGAUACAAAUACUAAACUGAAUGGUUAUCUACUUGCUGAAACAGCGAUUGGGGCUACAAAGGAUAAUAUGGAGAUUGCUACACUGACACCAGCAAAUGGGAGUACUAUUGCAGCCAUUGUUCCCACACAGCACCAGCAACUUCAUCCAGAAUCAGUUUUACCAGCUAGUGGCCAAGUUACACCAGCUUUUGGUCUUUCUCCCAACAGCAGUGCAGUUCCUUUAAUCAAAGAAAAGACACCAGAACAAAUGAAACUUGAUCCUGAGAGUGUAGCACCAGAAACACAAAUAAUUCAAUCAAAAGAUGAUCCACCUGAAGCAGCUAAACUCUUUGCAUUUCUUCAGAUACUCACAGCUUCAUUUGGUUCAUUUGCUCAUGGAGGGAAUGAUGUUAGUAAUGCUAUUGGGCCUUUAAUCGCCCUAUGGCUGAUCUUCAAGGAGGGAUCAGUGGCCCAAGAAUCUGAGACACCUCUUUUCAUCUUGUUUUAUGGUGGACUGGGUAUCUCAGUUGGUCUGUGGUUGUGGGGGCGCCGUGUCAUUCAGACAAUCGGUGAAGAUCUGACAAAAAUAACUGCCUCAACGGGAUUUUCAAUUGAGAUCGGUGCAGCCUUUACGGUACUCUUGGCAUCAAAGAUAGGUCUUCCCAUUAGUACAACACAUUGUAAAGUGGGUUCAGUUGUAUUUGUUGGCUGGUUUAGUUCAGACAAAAGUGGUGUGGACUGGAAACUUUUUAGGAAUAUCAUUUAUGCGUGGGUUUUCACAGUGCCAGUUGCAGCAGGCCUCAGUGCUGCAUUCAUGUGGAUACUACAGCAAGUUGCACUGUGAUGCUGAGAACAACACAGUACAAAUACCAUACUUAUGCCAGUACUUAAAAUUAAAUGUUUAGAACUAACUGUUAGGAGAAAGAAGGGGAGAAAUGAUGUGAACCCUGGUGUACAGCUGUUGCCAAAUUGCCAGCUGGUGUCAAUGUUAAUAAAGUAAUAUUUGUGCCCAUUGUAAUGUGAAACAGGUGAAACUCAUCACUGAGAGCUGUUAUGUCUCAAAUAAAUUAUUACUAUUUCAUUUGCUUUAAAUUAAAGUGCACAGAUAUAAUGAAGGAAAUUAUGUAAUUUUCCACUCAUUUCAGUAAUUGUCUACUGAAAGUAUAUGUAUGGAAGAGAGAUUUAGUUUGAGAUUGUAUUCUGAAUGAUAGUGCUAUGUCUCUGUGUUGACUAACUGCCAAGAAACAAUGAUGGUGUUGGAUUUGGGGGAGGAUUGAAGGUGGAAGGGAGACCUGCUUAUGAAAUGUUUGUCAUUUGUUGAAGUUUUCUUUAUCUUCUGUCAAUGAGAUGUUCAGUUUCAGCUAUAAGAGAAAUACAUUGACAUAGGCCAGAUGUUAAAUGGUGCUACAUGUUUUUACCAUACUGUACUGGUUUAAAGGAAGGCAGAAAAAGCUAAGCUGUGAUUAAAUAGUAUAACUGAUAAUAGUAUUUGAUUUCUAAAACAUGUAUAGUUUAUAUGUGUGUAUGGUUAUCCAGAGUAAUUUAGAGAUUGCACAGAAGAAAAUUUUCAAUGUAUAGCAAUAUUACAAAUUUUUACAGUUACUGAUAGUGAAAAAUGCCAUUUUCAGUCUGAUUUUAGAACUAUAGAUUGUAUGUUUCUUAAGAGAAAAAUGGAGAACUAGCUGGUCCAUGAUUUUUAAAAAUAAAAACUUUGUGUGUUUGAAAAGA